AUGAAGUACUUUGUGGCUCUCUUCCUAGCUCUUCCAAUUGCCAUAAGCAUCACUCUCUUUUCAUCUCCUUCACAUGCCAUCUCCUCAUGUGAUGGCCCUUGUCAUACCCUAGAUGAUUGCACCGGCCAAUUGAUAUGCAUCAACGGGAGGUGCCGCGACGAUCCCGACGUAGGCACGCUCAGGUGUCCCAAUACUCCAUCACCGUCCGACGGAGGAUGUCGACCCUCAGGCACUGUGCAUUGCCAAGGCCAGUCCUUCCCUAUUUAUCGUUGCUCGCCCCCGGUAACGUCUUCCACUCGAGCGACCUUGACGAACAACGAUUUCAGCGAAUCCGGUGGUGGUGGCGCGUCAGAGUGUGACGGCAGAUACCACAAGAAUUCGGAGUUGAUUGUUGCAUUGUCAACCGGGUGGUACGCUGGCGGGUCUCGAUGUGGGAAUAGGAUCAAGAUAACAUCCACGAAGACCGGGAGGAGCGUGAUGGCCAAGGUAGUUGACGAGUGCGACUCUGUGAAUGGGUGUCCGUUAUGCAGGAACAACAUCGUCGACGGUCCAAAUGCGGUGUGGCACGCUCUGAGGCUAGACAUAGAAGUGGGUGUAGAGGAUGUCACGUGGUCCAUGGCAUAG